AUGUCCUUGCCCACUCUGGUGACCCACCGCAAAAGGGCAUCCCCGCCAUUGGCUGCCUCGUCUGGUAACGCCUGUGGCUGUGUCGUCACCACCGAAAACCGCCAAUCAGCAGUGACAUUCUGUCCCGUUCACGACCACAACUUCUCUUCUCCCUUGCUCCCGGUAGCGUCGAGGUCGGUGACAAUCAAUUGGGCCUCUUCUAUCUGCGACGAGAUCCAUCCGCGAUGCGGCAACUGCGUGAAACAUGGCGUCCCGUGCGACUUUGAACAUCCCGAGGUCCUGGCCGAGCUCCGGACCGCUGCUGCCACGGAAUCGCCGUCGACGCCUGCCUCGACCGUAAAUUUCGGAUCCCCGAUCUCUCGAUAUGCAUCCGUUAUACCCGGAGCUUCCGCCGUUGCUACGCCGUUAUGCCGAGCUCCGUCGACCCCGGCCGUUUCCCAAACCACGCCGCCGGGCCACCGGUUGCUCGAGCUAAGACUAAUGCACCAAUACACGGCCAUGACAUGCAAGACAUUCACAUUCACCGCGCCGGUGACGGAAGAUAUUUGGAAGAUUACGGUGCCGAACCUCGCCUUCUCUGGCUCCCAACAUCUGGCGGACGCCAUACUCGCUGUUGCUGCGCUCCACCUCCGAAGUAUGGUGCCGAACGACAAGGAAUUGGUACGCGCAUCGCACGCUUAUAUGGCGGCCUCGCUUGCCGAAUACAGCGCGGCACUUACGAAAGGUAUCGACCACAACAACGCUGAGUCCCUAUUCCUAACCUCAGCCCUCAUCGCGUUUCAGUCUACGGCUACUAGGGUGUUUAUGAAGGAUGAGGUUAUGGUCGGUGCGGGGGACGACGCUAACUCCAGCGCCAGCCGGCAGCGAAACCAGCCGUCCGGGUGCUAUUCUAUCCCUUUCUCGUGGUUUCACUCCUUCCAGGGGGUCAAGGCGAUCACAGCUGCCUCGUGGCAGUACCUUCGUGUAAGCCCGGUAGUAACGCAAGUCAUCAACUCCCAAGCUGUCCUCCAACUUGAUUUCACCGCUGGACCCAAAACCUUUUUUGGGCAUUUACUCGAUGGUAUGGACGAGGAACUCGCUGCUAUGGGCGAUACCUCCUCGACAACGCCCCACGCCACACCCCAAACUGCCCCGACAUCGCCUACCUCCCACAAUUACCAGCCGCCAAACACACCCUCGGCGGCGGCCGAACUUGUCAACUCAACGCGACAAGCAUACCAACACGCCGUGGCCGUCCUUAACUGGGCACAUAAGAUCCCGCACAAGGGCGCACCGCUCGCCUUCCCGGCCACCGUCUCCCGGCGCUUUAUCGAACUCCUUGAAGAGCGGCGGCCCCGCGCGCUCGCCAUCCUCGCCUGCUUCUUCGCCCUGCUCAAAUCGAUGGACUCAAUCUGGUGGCUGCAGGGCAUGGCACGGCGCGAGGUCCUGGGCGUGGUCUCGUUGUUCAACAGCGACUUCUUCGGGGCUGACGCUUACCGCACCUGGUGGCCGCAUCUCGAGUGGGCGAUGCGCAUCGCCCUGUACGAACAUCCCAGUGGCGAAAACAACAGCGAGCCAAUACCGGCCGACAUCUGGGGCGCGGAUUGGUACGCCGAGGAGCGCGUGCUAGAGGAAGGGCUGGACCACCACGGCGGCUAUGUCAGGCAUAUUGAGCUGCUGAGCCAGAUGAACAGUGCCAUGCAGAGCAUCCCCGCCGUGCCGGAGUUUGUGCCGGUUAUGGGGAAUCAGGGGUGA